GUUACCAUGUAAUGACGUCACUUUCAUUCCCUUGUCAGUCCAAGAUGGCGGCGCUCGUUGGGUUUCGUGCAUGUUUCUCUGCCCUUCAGCUUUCCUCACCGGGUCUCCUGCACAGCUCCUAUAAACUGUGUGCAGUGCCAUUUACUCGGCGGAACUUUGCAGCAGAGGCCAAGGCCAAGAAAACAUACGCAAGAGACAAGCCCCAUGUGAACAUUGGCACGAUCGGCCAUGUUGACCAUGGCAAGACAACUCUAACGGCUGCCAUCACCAAAGUGCUGGCUGAGGCUGGAGGCGCCCGCUAUAAGAAGUAUGAGGACAUUGACAAUGCCCCCGAGGAGAAGGCCAGGGGCAUCACCAUCAAUGCAUCCCAUGUAGAGUACACCACAGCCAAUAGACACUAUGCACACACAGACUGCCCGGGCCAUGCUGACUACGUCAAGAACAUGAUCACAGGCACGGCUCAGCUGGACGGCUGCAUCCUGGUGGUGGCGGCCACGGACGGACAGAUGCCCCAGACCAGGGAGCACCUCCUGCUGGCCCGGCAGAUCGGCGUGGAGCACGUGGUGGUGUUUGUGAACAAGGCGGAUGCGGUGGAGGACAAGGAGAUGCUGGAGCUGGUUGAGCUGGAGAUCAGAGAGCUGCUCACAGAGUUUGGCUACGACGGUGAGAACACGCCCGUCGUCAUCGGCUCGGCCCUCUGUGCCCUGGAGAACAAACAGCCUGACCUGGGGGUGAACGCAGUGCUGAAGCUCCUAGCAAUAGUGGAUGAAUACGUCCCUCUGCCCAAGAGAGAGCUGGAGAAACCCUUCCUGCUGCCUAUCGAGGGAGUCUACUCGAUCCCAGGCAGGGGUACGGUGGUGACUGGCACUUUGGAGAGGGGUGUCAUUAAGAAGGGCGACGACUGUGAGUUUGUGGGGCACAACCGUGCCUUUAAGUCUGUGGUCACUGGCAUUGAGAUGUUCCACCAGUCUCUGGACAGAGCGGAGGCAGGAGACAACCUGGGGGCUCUGGUCCGAGGGCUGAAGAGGGAGGACAUUAGGAGAGGGAUGGUGAUGAGCAAACCAGGCUCCAUCCAGCCCCACCAGAAAGUCCAGGCCCAGGUCUAUGUUCUGAGUAAGGAGGAGGGAGGCAGACACAAGCCCUUUGUCAGUAACUUCAUGCCAGUCAUGUUCUCACUCACCUGGGACAUGGCCUGCAGGGUCUACCUGGCAGGAGACAAGGACAUGGUGAUGCCAGGUGAAGACACAUCUCUGACCCUCACGCUGCGUCAGCCUAUGAUUCUGGAGAAAGGUCAACGGUUCACUCUCAGAGAUGGCAACAAAACUAUUGGCACCGGCCUGGUUACUGACAUACUGACCACCACAGAGGAAGACCAACACAACUGGGGCUGAGGAGAGAGGAGAAAAUAUGGGAGGGAGGGAGGGAGGGGGACUAAUGGUGGGGAAGGAAGUAUCUAGCUGUCCAAUAUAUCGGUCUUUAGACACACACACACACACACACACACACACACACACACACACACACACACACACACACACACACACACACACACACACACACACACACACACACACACACACACACACACACACACACACACACACACACACACACACACACACACACAGCAGUAAGGAGCUGCUGAGACUGCAUGUCUCUCUUCUUUACUGACCAACCAGAAGACCCACAAUGAGAUGCUCAGAGUUGCCUUUCUGUGAAAAGGCCAGACUGUCAUUGUCCUCUUGUGUAAUAAAAUGUAUUUAAUAGUAAAACA